UUGUUGGUCUUAAUAACCUGGUCCUGUAUCGCACAGACAAAACCCUCGGUUUCCCCAAAGAGGUCACCGAAACGUAGCCAGUGGAGGGAGGCGACUACUUAUGACAUCCUAGAUAGAAAAAUAUCAAAGUCAUUAUUAAAAAAAAGUUUAAGUUACCAACUUGGAAUAAGAGGGUUAAAAGCCAGUACUCAAGAAUGUAUGUGUCAAGGACGCUCAGGACCUCUUGCUUUGCAACCAGCGCGUUAA